AUGGUCAACUAUAUCAAUGGGGUUCCAGUCAAAACUGCAGGUUCUAAACAUAGCAAUGCACCCGAUGCUGGCCCCUCUAAUCAGCUGGACCUUAAUUGUGAAAAUCAAUCUAGCAAGCUAAGGUGCAAAGGAUUAUCAAUGUCUGAUGCCAUUACAAGCACUUCUGAUUCUCAGAUGCAUAGUGGAGAAUUUGAAGGCUUAAAUAAAAGACCGAAGUCCUCAGAUAUUGAAAAUAAAGGUACUAAUAAUGAUGAAGAAUUGCCAUCUCUUGGCCUCAGUUUAAAGAGGCUUAGAGGAGUUAAAGAUGCUGUCUUUUGCUACAGGUACAAUGCAGCCUCUAACGCUAAGAAAUCUCCCACAGGAUGUGUUGGAAGCAAUUCUCCAUACAAUAAUAGCUUAGAAGUUACAAAGAAAGAUUCAUCUCGAGAUAUUCAAUCUCAUUCUAGCGGCAAUCCUCCUAACCAAAACUCAAAUGGUGCUAGCAAUUACAUUGAUAUGGGUUCCACUACUAAUAAUGCUUAUGCUAAAUCUGCAGUUAUAAGUGAGCCAGCAGUGGCCUCAACCAAAUGUUUGUACCAAACAUCUGCUUUCCAGCCUAUAGAAAAGAACUUUGUCUGUAACUCUCAACAAGUUGUCUUACAUGAUACUGAAGACAUGGCAGCAACAAUGCUGUCACUACCUAAAGUAGACAGACAUAAAGAUUCUGCAUCUCCAGACUUCCAUCUUCAUUAUGAAAACCAUAAGUGUACUGCUAACAAGCAGCAGCUGCCACCUGAUCAUGAUGCUGAAUCUAUAAAGAAAAUGGCUACUGCUGCUGCUCCACAUUGUGGCUCUUCAAAUGUCGUUGACGUGGUAGUUGAAGGUACUGUUGGAAACCACAGUAUCAAUAGAAGUGUUUCAGGCAGCAACAAUGGAAGCAAUGGGCAAAAUCGGAGCAGCACGGCAAUUAAUGCUGGAGGGACAAACAUGGAAAGUAACAAUGGACUCCCUGGGAAUAGUGGCAGUGGCGAUGGAAGUGCCAACAGAGUAGAUCAAAACAAGACUUCUCAGAGGGAAGCAGCCUUAACUAAAUUUCGCCAAAAGAGAAAAGAAAGAAAGGAGAGGUGCUUUCAUAAAAAGUUAAAGAUGCCAUUGAUGUGGUAG